AUGGGCGACAUCGACCCACCCCCGACCGAUUCUAACGAGGUACAGCAUGACGCCGUACUGGAUUACUACGGCAGGCGGCUCGCGACGUGUUCUUCGGACAAGACCAUCAAGAUCUUCGAGGUUGAGGGCGAGAAGCACACACUGGUUGAGACCCUGAGAGGACAUGAGGGCGCCGUCUGGAGCGUAGCAUGGGCACACCCCAAAUACGGAAACAUCCUCGCCUCCUCUUCGUAUGACGGCAAGGUCCUCAUCUGGCGCGAGCAGUCCGGCAGCUGGCAGAAGAUAUACGAGGUCGCCCUACACACACAGUCGGUCAAUAUGGUCGCAUGGGCUCCUCACGAGGCAGGCUGCCUCCUUGCCUGCGCAUCAUCUGACGGCAACGUCUCGGUGCUCGAAUUCAAGGACAACAACUGGACACAUCAGACCUUCCCUGCUCACGGCAAUGGCGUAAACAGUGUUUCUUGGGCACCUGCCUAUGCGCCGGGACAGGUCAUCGGCGCAAGCGGAAACCAGGCAGGCGCUGCGAAGAGGCUAGUCACCGGCGGAACCGACUGCCAGGUCAAGAUCUGGGAGUUCAGCCCUGAGAGCGGCAGCUGGAACGCGACACCGCUUGGUGGUCAUGCAGAUUGGGUACGCGACGUCGCGUGGUCCCCCACCGUUCUCUCCAAAUCGUACAUCGCCUCCGCAUCCCAGGACAAGACUGUCAUUAUCUGGACAUCAUCAGAUCUGCGCGAGUGGAAGCGCACCCAACUUGACGUCGACGCUGCCGCGUGGCGCGUGAGCUGGAGUCUGAGCGGCAAUGCGCUCGCAGUCAGCACCGGCGACAACAGGGUCAGUCUAUGGAAGGAGAGGCUCAGCGGCGGAUGGGAAUGCGUCAAGACGAUCGAGGAGUAG